AUGGCGUCGAAGGAACAUAUAGAAUCCCCCGUAAAAGUUAGUGAAAAUCGCGAUUUGUCGGAAGAUAACUGUAGCUCAAGCAGCGAAGCCGACGCCGGUGAAGGCAUUAAACGUCGUAGAGUGACUCAUGAUUAUAAGAAACUUUCGAAACUGGGAUACGAUCCAAGUGUGUCAACUGAUUCCAAACACGCAUCCAGCGAUUCUAGAGGCAUAAAGCGCAAACUUAGUGAUGACUCCAAAGAAAUGUGUGUUUGGGGUGAGAACUCUAAGCCAGCCAAACUGAGCAAAAUAUGGCCGGUAUUUGACUCUGGAGGAUACGGAGAUGCGGCUGUACUGACACUUCAUGUGUUGCAGAAGUCACCAAAUAUUGUAAAUCCACUGUUGUUCCAUCAAGAAAGAGAUUUCAGCUUAUUGCAGAUUAAUUCUGAACCAAUUAGAGAGGAUUUUUUCGGUAGUAUUAAUGCCUCAUGGAAGCAGGCCAGACUUUCUAAUUCUGUACCAUGUGAUGAUGUCACCAAGCGCAUUUUCUCUUCAGUGUCUCGCCAGCUGAAGUUAAUAAAUGGUCACAUCCAAAAGACUAUGCCCAGGUAUAAGUAUCCUAGGGUUACAAGAUCAAAUGUUCUUCUAGAACACUCGAACUCAAGACGGCCGGCUACUCACUUUAGCUUGGCUCUUAAAGCCAUCAAGUUUCAAACAACACCAAGAAGAGAGCUGCCAUGUUAUGGCAAUUUAGAGCUCCCACUGAAAAUUAAGCAAGAGAGGCCAUCAUCACCUCAAGUAUUUCCCGCCAUUUGUACAGGUGUUAAAAAUGAACCUUCUAAAGUGAAAACAGAAGUGAAAGUGAAAGUGGAACAUGAUAGGGUAAAGUUGGAGCGGGAGAAGGAGCGAGAAAAGGAGAAGGAAAAGGAGAAAGACCGGGAGAGAGAUAGGUCGCACUCCUCGCGGCACUCCUCGUGCCAGCAGUGCAGGAGGAGGGCGCGCGUGAAGCGCUGCUCCAUCGGGGUGCAGUGCCGCCGCGAGAGGGCCGCCCCCGCAUGGGGUCCGAGGGGCCCCUGCCUCGACGUCAAGGGCAUGAAGUACCACAGGCUGAUGCGCGUCGAGACUCAUCCGAACGGCGGCGCCAGCGUCGUCUAUCUUUAUCAACACGACGUUGAGAUGCUCAGCGAGCAUCAGCAAGAGUCCCUCGCCAAGGAGUUUCUGAAUCUGGUGUUCUCCGAGGACAGCGGCGGCUGGGCGCGGUUCGUGUGCGGCGUGGUGCGCGGCGCGGCGGGCCGGCUGCCCUGCCUGCUGCGCUACCUCGCCGAGCGGCAUCCGGCGCUGGUGGUCAAGGCGGGCGUGCUGGCGCGCGCCUCCGACAUCGAGACCACCACCGUCAGCCGCUACCACCAGCAGGUGCAACAAUCGUACGCGGCCGGGACCUUCCGCUGCGGGCCCCUGCACCAGAUCUCGCUGGUGGGCACCGUCCACGAGGAGGUCGGCGGCUACUUCCCCGACAUGCUAUCGAUGUUGGCAGAGUGCCCAUUCCUGAAACUGACAAUGCCCUGGGGUCCAAUGUCGGCGGUGGACAUGGAGCCUCAGGAGUCCAACGAUGGGCCCAUCCUAUGGAUCAGGCCUGGUGAGCAGUUGGUGCCCACCGCGGAGCUUGGCAAGAGUCCCAUAAAGAAGAGACGGACUGGCAUCAACGAGCUGCGCAACCUGCAGUACCUGCCGCGCUGGAGCGAGGCGCGCGAGUUCCUGUUCGAGGACCGGACGCGCGCGCACGCGGACCACGUGGGCCACGGCCUCGACCGCAUCACCACCGCGGCAGUCGGCGUCCUGAAGGCAAUCCAUUGCGGCGACGAGGGCGAUCGUGGUCGCAUCACCAAGGACGUGGUGGCCUUCCACGCGGCGGACUUCAACAAACUGGUACAGCUGCUGCAGCUCGACCUCUACGAGCCGCCGAUAUCUCAGUGCGUCACCUGGCUCGAGGAGGCGAAACUGAACCAGCUCCGGCGAGAGGGGGUCCGCUACUCGCGGCUGCCACUCUGCUCGGACGACGUGUACUUCCUGCCGAGGAACAUCAUCCACCAAUUCCGCACCGUCUCCGCGGUCACCUCCGUCGCGUGGCAUCUCCGUUUGAAGCAGUACUACCCCACUUCGGAGGCUUCGUCGCCGGCUGACGAGAGGCCCGCCGCCGAUCCGCCGCCUCACCACCCUGAAACUGAAAGGAAAAAGUCGUCCGCGACGAAACACAAAAGCGGCGUCAUAGAGAUGAGGGCGCUCAGUGCAAAGUAUAAAGAGAAACCGGCCCUGAAACUAUCAGAAAGCAGAAAGAGUACAGAGGUCCAAACGAAGAGCGACAAGCAUUCAGACGAGAGGAAAGAAAGGAAGAGUGAUUCCAGGCACGACAGGUCGGACAAGGCGGAACAGAAAACCGAAAAACCGAACUCGCACAGACAUCGAGACAGCGAUAAACAUCGCCCCGACAAAUCGGAAGAGAAAUCCAUCGACAAGACUGAAGCUAAACCAGAAAAGAGUGAGGCGAGGGUUCCGGAUAAGUCCGAAAGUAGAACUAGCGCGAAAACUGAAAGCAGGCCUGACAAAUUGGAGACCAGUACGUCGGAUAAGGGUGACAGGCAAACGGAAAGAAGUGAUGGGAGAAUGCCUGACGUGGACGGUGGAACAGAGAAGACCGAAAACCGGAUUAACGAUAGAGUAGACGGUAAGCCUGUGGAUAGGUCAGAGAACAAAUCAACGGAAAAGUUGGAGGUGUUGUCUGAAAAGUCUGAUGGCAGGUUAUUGGAUAAAAUUGAUAGUAAGUCGGAGAGAACUGAAGUGAAAGUAGAAAAAUCUGAGUUUAGACCCGUCGAAAAGUCUGAUAAAUCAACUGAGAAAACCGACAGUAGGUCAACGGAUAAAGGCAAUGGCAACAAGUCAGAAAGCAAAUCUUUCGAUAAAUCAGAGAGCAAGCUGUCCGAUAAAUCGGAAAACAGAUCGUCAGAUAAAAGUGACAGCAGAUCGUCCGACAAAUCGGACAUUAAAUCCAGCGAAAAGUCUGACAGUAAAUCCUCUAACAAGUUGGACAGCAAGCCGUCUGAUAAAUCGGAGAAGUCGUCGGAGAAAGCUGAAAGCAAAUCGUCCGACAAGGCAGACAGCAAGCCGGUCAAGUCCGAAGCGAGGUCGUCCGACAAAUCGGAGAGCCGCUCUUCGGACAAGAACGACCAUCACCGGAAGCAUUCCUCGUCGAGAUCGCACCGGGAGAAAUCGCACAGAGACCACAAGGAGCGCUCCCGGGACCACAGAGACCACAGGAGGGAGCGCAAGUGCUCCGACAGGCAUAGAGACAGGGACAGUGGGAAGGAGUCGAAAGGAGUCGAGGCGAAGUUGCUCAGUGCGAAGUUGCAGGAGAUUGUGCACCGGCCCCCCGAU